UGGAAAGAGAGUUAACAAGAUGUGACCAGUCCCUGGACAAAACAAUAGAGAAAAAUCUUCACUUUGUCUAGUAUCUGGAAGUCAUCCUCAUGUGCAGGUAACAAUGUGGAUCACGGUGGGCUUGGUCUGCUGCUUAGUUUUUGGAGGACUGCCUUCGGCUCACUGCACUUGCCCUUCCCAAUGUAGCUGCACCUUCUAUAGUAUCAAUGAAGGAACAAAAGCAAGAACUGUGCUGUGCAAUGACCCAGAGAUGACACUCACCCCUGUGAACAUCCCAGGAGAUACAUCUAAACUUCGAAUAGAAAAGACGGCCAUCAGGAGAGUACCAGGAGAAGCUUUCCAUUCUCUCCGUAACCUGGAAUACCUCUGGAUGCCCUACAAUUCUUUGGCUAGUGUCAGUGUGAUUACCUUUAGGGGUCUCCGCCGGUUACAGGAAUUGAGACUGGAUGGGAAUGACUUAAUCUUAUUUCCAUGGGAAGUUCUUGCAGACAUGCCCCAGCUACGGCUGCUGGAUUUACACAAUAAUGAACUCACCUCAAUACCAGCAGAAGCUGCUCGUUACAUCAAGAACAUCACCUACUUGGAUCUGUCUAGCAAUAAAUUGAUGACUCUUCCUCAAGAGCUUAUUUCAACCUGGGCUAACCUCCAGGCAGUUCCUUACUUCCCCAAUGACAAUUCCAAGAUCAUCUUAGGUUUGCAGGACAAUCCUUGGGUGUGUGACUGCAGUCUGUAUGAAAUGGUCCAUUUCCUAAACUUCCAGUCUCCUAACAUAGCAUUUAUAGAGCCAAGACUGAAAUGCUUUACCCCACGGAGUCUUGCUGGAGUCUUCUUCAGUCAAGUUGAACUAAGAAAAUGUCAAAGCCCUGUUGUACAUACUUCUGUAGCCAAAGUGAAGACCAUACUGGGUAGCACUGUGUUACUGCGGUGUGGUACUACUGGGGUACCUAUUCCUGAACUCAGCUGGAGACGAGCUGAUGGUAAUCAACUCAAUGGCACAGUGCACCAAGAAAUUUCUAGUGAUGGAAUGAGCUGGUCUAUUCUAGGCUUGCCUGUAGUCUCCUAUCUGGAUUCUGGAGAGUACAUUUGUAAAGCAAAGAACUUCCUGGGGGCUACAGAGGCUUUCAUAUCCCUCAUCAUCACUGAUUCUGAAGACACUGAUGACCCUAAUGCUAACUCUAAAGGAGUAUGGAAUGGGAAGGUGAGCGGGAUGGAAGCAGCUGCUUACAAUGAUAAGCUGGUGGCUAGGUACGUUAUCACAACCUCAACUUCACCUACAUUAGGUGCCAGACCAGUCCGUGUUAACACAAAAGAGAAUCUAGGGUUCCAGAAUGAGGCACAGAAUAUGGUUAAGGAGCAGAAUAGCAAUCCAAGAAAUCUUCUAUCAAGUCUACCCCCUCGUCAACAGGAGCCAGAACGUAUAGUGAGGUCUGUCAGAGUGAUAGGAGACACGGAUCAAAGUGUCUCAUUGGCCUGGAAAGCUCCUCAGGCAAAGAACACAACCAUAUUCAGUGUCCUCUAUGCCAUUUUUGGAGAAAGGGAAAUGCGCAGAAUCAGUGUGGAGCCAGGUAAGACUAAGAUCACCAUAGACGGGCUGAUGCCAAAGACCAAAUACAUAGUGUGUGUCUGUGUGAAAGGGCUGAUCCCCAGGAAGGAGCAAUGCAUCAUAUUUUCCACAGAUGAAGUUGCCAGUGCCGGUGGAACCCAAAAACUCAUUAAUGUGGUGGUGAUCAGUGUGGCCUGUGUCAUUGCUGUGCCUCUGACCCUAGUGGUCUGCUGUGGGGCAUUGAAAAGGCGCUGCAAAAAAUGCUUAGUGCGGAAACCCAAGGAAGUUCAGGAGUCCUAUGUCACAUUUGAAAGUCUGUCUCCAGGGGCCAAAACUAAAGGAGUGGAAGGAGAAUACUUGACUAGACACACCCCAGAUGAGUCUAACAGGCUGCUAUCUGCACGAUCUAGCGUGGACUCAGAAGCAAUACCAAAGACAGAGGGGCAACCCAAUGAGUACUUUUGCUGAUAUUACUAGGCUGAUUGUUGGCAUGUUAGACACACAUGCACACACAAAUGCAUAUGACUCUUUACCCUUUAGAUCAUACACCAGAAUAUGCUGUUGCAGGUCAAUAUGUCAGUAGUAAUGUAUCCCAACAUGUUCAAGAGAGCAAUGUGA